GUCGGUGCCGUUGCCAUGCGGCAUUUGGCGCUGACGCUGUUGUUGGCCGCGCUCAGGACCGGCGGAACACCGGCUCCGGCCCGCAAUGUGCUGCUCCUCCUGGCAGAUGACGGUGGCUUUGAGAGUGGCACCUACAAUAACUCGGCAAUCCGGACACCCAACCUGGACGCGCUGGCCCGGCGCAGCGUGGUCUUCCAGAACGCCUUCACCUCUGUCAGCAGCUGCUCUCCAAGCCGGGCCAGCAUCCUGACUGGCUUACCCCAGCACCAGAAUGGGAUGUAUGGGCUGCACCAGGAUGUGCACCACUUCAACUCCUUUGACAGUGUGCGAAGCCUGCCUCAGCUGCUCAGCCAAGCACAUAUCCGGACAGGGAUAAUUGGGAAGAAGCAUGUUGGACCCGAGGCUGUCUACCCCUUCGACUUUGCCUACACAGAGGAGAACAGUUCGGUCUUGCAGGUGGGGAGAAACAUCACUCGAAUCAAAGCGCUUGUAAGGCAGUUCCUGCAGAGCCAGGAUGAGAGGCCUUUCUUCCUCUAUGUGGCCUUCCACGACCCUCACCGCUGUGGGCACUCCCAGCCCCAGUAUGGAGCAUUCUGUGAGAAAUUUGGCAACGGAGAGAGCGGCAUGGGCUGGAUCCCUGACUGGAAGCCACAGAUCUACCACCCAGAGCACGUGCAGGUCCCUCACUUCGUUCCAGAUACACCAGCUGCCAGGGCAGACCUGGCAGCCCAGUACACAACGAUUGGGCGCAUGGACCAAGGGAUUGGGCUGGUCCUGGAGGAGCUGCAGCAUGCUGGCUUCCACAACAGCACACUGGUGAUCUACACUUCUGACAAUGGAAUCCCCUUCCCCAGUGGCAGGACCAACCUCUACCGGUCAGGCACUGCUGAGCCCCUGCUGAUCUCCUCCCCAGAGCAUACCCAGCGCUGGGGACAGGUCAGCCAGGCCUUCGCCACCCUCCUGGAUCUCACACCGACCAUUUUGGACUGGUUCUCCAUCCCCUACCCUUCUUACAGCAUCUUUGGCAAGAAGCAGGUGCAGCUCACUGGAAAGUCUCUUCUGCCAGCACUGGAGUCAGAACAGCCCUGGGACACUGCCUUCAGCAGCCAGAGCCACCACGAGGUGACCAUGUACUACCCCAUGCGAGCCAUCCAGCACCAGCAGUUCCGCCUCAUUCACAACCUCAACUACAAAAUGCCCUUUCCCAUCGACCAGGACUUCUACAUCUCACCCACUUUCCAAGACCUGCUCAACCGCACCAGGGCCGGGCAGCCGACCCACUGGAACAAGUCCCUGCACCAGUACUACUACAGGGACCGCUGGGAGCUCUUUGACUGCGCCCAUGACCCCACAGAGAGCCAGAACCUGGCCUCCAACCCCCACUACGCUGCUGUUUUCCAGCUGCUUCGCACGCAGCUCUUGAAGUGGCAGUGGGACACAGGGGACCCCUGGGUGUGUGCCCCUGAUGCUGUCCUGGAGGAGAAACUGAGUCCCCAGUGCCAGCCACUGCACAAUGAGCUGUAA